GCGCGCGAGCUCGAUCCGAUCGCGGGAGCGCGCCGGAUCGGGCGGAGCUGAGGCGAGCCAGGGAGGGCUUGGGCGGCGCCCAAUUGGUGGUUGGUUGGGCUGGUCGAUCUCGGUUUUAUCUUCCCGCGCGCGUACGGAUCCCCCAUGGAAUCGGCGCACACUGGAUCGGAGAGGGCCGGCGGCUCGAUGAGUUCACCGGAGCCAAGAAUGGAGGUCGAGCAAAAACCUGGUCUUGUUGGUAACACUAACGAGCAGGCCAUUCCUAGAAAGGAUGAGCAAGCUGUUAAACCCACCAUUUCACUCGAUUCAACUGUUAUCAAUCUACCAAGUGAUGUACAAGGCCAAGCUGGAACAUCCAACAUAGGUGGGGAACAUAAUGCUGCAUAUCCACAACACUUGUAUUCUCCUCAGGCACAGCCAUUCUAUUACCAAGGUCCAGGAUAUGAGAACCCUCCAAAUGAAUGGGAUGUAUAUCCUCCCUAUGCGAGUGCUGAAGGAUUGGAAGUGGGUCCAGCGGUUGUAUACAACGAGGACCCUUCAAUGAUGUACCAUGGUGGCUAUGGCUAUGAUCCUUAUGCUCCUUAUUCUCCUAUCUCGACACCGGUACCGGCUGGUGUUAGUGGAGAUGGUCAGCUCUACUCCCCUCAGCAGUUCUCCUUCUCGGCUCCUUACUACCAGCAACCAGUACAACCUGGCAUGCCAUAUUUAAGCUCUCCUACUCCAAUAUCACAGGGUGAGACAAUGAUGCCAAUUGACCCAACACAAGGAGCCUUUAUCGCUGACACUCUGAGUCCAAACAGCUUCCUUUUUGGGCCAAGACCAGAAUGGUUUAGAUCGUCAGAAGGAACUGGUUCAUUUCCAUCACCUGCAGCUUCACCUCAACCUUUUGGUGGUGUUUCAGGGGCAUUCGGACAAAGCAACUUUCCUAUGGCUUCUGGAAUGAUGUCCCCGCAGCAGAAGUCUUUCUAUGGUUUUGGAACCCCCAGUGACUCUUAUGGAAGAGGGUUCUCUCAUAGUGGGACUUUCCCACACGCCAAUAAUUAUGGGGGGCCUUACCCUGGCUAUGGCCUGAAUGGUAGAAGUUUUAUUCCGAUUGACAAAGGGCGCAGGAGAGGAAGGGGUAAUGGUAUGUUAUGCAGUUGCGAUGGUUCUCUUGACUUCCUUAAUGAGCAAAGCCGGGGUCCACGCGCCACCAGGCCUAAGAAGCAACCAGAGGAUGAUAGUAAAGAUGAGAAGCCUUCUGCUGGACUUGACCAGGAGUCAUACAACAGGACUGACUUUGUUACAGAGUACAAAAAUGCUAGAUUUUUUAUCAUAAAGUCAUACAGUGAAGAUAAUGUGCACAAGAGCAUCAAAUAUGGUGUUUGGGCUAGCACCACAAAUGGAAACAAGAAACUAGACUCGGCCUACCAUGAUGUGAAGGAGAAGGAAGAACACUGUCCCAUUUUUCUGUUGUUUUCGGUGAAUGCUAGCGCACAGUUCUGUGGUGUUGCAGAGAUGACUGGACCAGUGAAUUUUGAGAAGAGUGUGGACUACUGGCAGCAAGAUAAGUGGACUGGCCAGUUCCCUGUUAAGUGGCGGAUAGUGAAGGAUGUACCCAAUAAUCUCUUCCGCCAUAUAAUUCUUGAAAACAACGAGAACAAACCUGUAACCAACAGCCGGGACACACAAGAGGUGAAACUGGAACAAGGACUAGAGAUGCUGAAAAUCUUCAAGGACCAUGAGGAGGAUGCGUCAAUCCUUGAUGACUUUGACUUCUACGAAGAACGUGAGAAAGCCCUGCUGGAGAAUAAGGCGCGGCUGCAUCAGCAGCAACAGAUAUCCAGCUCCAGUGUUGCUGAGCCCAAGAAGUCGUCGACUGUACCCUCUGAGCUGGCGGGUCAUAUCACCAAGAGUUCUAGCGCUGUGGAACCCAAGAAGCCCCUGACCGUACCCACUGAGCUGGUGGGUCAUAUCACCAAGACUUUUGCUCAGGCUGUGCGGCUUGGUGAAACCAAGAGUGUGAGCCCUUCAGCCGAGAAAAAGCCUGCUGGGGAUUCAUCUGUUGCUGUGAAGCCUGUAGAAGUCAAAGAGAGCGGCUAGAGUAGUACAAGUGCGAUUGGGCUAUGCUUGAAAUUUAAUCCAUGUGUGCUUCCUCAUCAGAAUGAAUGCUGGGGAUUCAUAUGUCUGGUGCCGCCAAAAUAUGAAGACACAGGCGAAGACAAGGUGACGAUGAAGUCUUGCGCUUCUGGUCAGGCAUGAUGUACACUAGGGGGAUAUAUACGGCAAAAGGGCAGUCAUUGCCAACUUGGAUGGAAGCUUAGUAUCAGCAGUUUCUUAUGUAGUUCAUCUUGUUUUUCUUCUUCUCUUGUCUCCUACUCUUUUUUUUUUCUGUCUCACAUUUCCUUUUGCAUUAUUAUAUAUGACCUUGAUUAUUCCUUAGUGGGUAGGCUUAAGUUGGAGAGCUGCAGUUUUUGUGCAAGCCUCUGUAAGUUUCAAUGUUGGAUCUCAGAGAAUAAAGCUAUCUUGCUAUAUUUCCCUUUUAUCUAUUGAUUGGGAACUUUGAAUCA